GGGGCCUGCGGGGCCGCCCUCCCGCAGCCGCCGGGGCGCCCAGUUUCCGAGCAACUUCGGGCGUGCGCGGGGCUGCCAGUUGGCCCUGAGCGCCCCCAGCAGAGCGGCCCCCAGAGGAGGCGCUAUGGACGAGCCGCCCUUCAGCGAGGCGGCCCUGGAGCGGGUAUUGGCCGAGCCGUGCGAGCUGGAUGCGGCGUUGCUGACCGACAUUGAAGGUGCGUGCCAUACAUCGCAGGGACCCGCAGGCCGGUCACCUUCAACGCCCCGCAGGGGCGCGGGCUUGGGUCACGGAGCCAUGGACUGCACGUUUGAAGACAUGCUUCAGCUCAUCAACAACCAAGAUAAUGACUUCCCAGGCCUAUUCGAUGCGCCCUAUGCUGGGGGUCAGGCUGGAGAGACCCACCCAGGCAGUCCAGGGGCCUGCUCCCCAGGCAACUUGUCCCCACCUCCCAUCACCAUGAGCUCCCCACUUGAAGGCCUCCUGGGGGGCCCCAAGACUUUGCCUCCACCUGUGUCCCCACCUCCACCCACCCCCACCCCAGUGAAGAUGUACCAGGCAGCAUCCACCUUCACCCCGAGGCCAGGGAUCAAGGAGGAGCCCGCACCACUGACCAUCCUGCAGCCUCCCACCUCACAACCUCUGCCAGGGGCCCUCCUCUCCCCCAGCUUUCCUGGCCCCACCCCAUCUCAGUUCAGCCCUGCUCCAGUCCUGGGAUACCCCGGCUCUCCUGGAGGCUUACCUACAGGCAUUCCCCCAAGGAGCACACCACAGCCACUGCCGGGCCUGCCACUGGCUCCCCUGCCUGGAGUCCUACCCAUGUCUAUGCAUGCCCAGGUCCAGAGCACAGCCUCCCAGCAGCUGCUGACAAGCACAGCUACCCCCAUGGUGGCCCCAGGAGCAGCCACAGUGACCUCACAGAUCCAGCAGGUCCCGGUACUUCUGCAACCCCACUUCAUCAAGACAGACUCUGUGCUCUUGACCACCAUGAAAACGGACUUGGGGGCAGGCAUGAAGGCAGCAGGCAUUGGCCCUCUGGCUCCGGGUACAGCUGUGCAAGCAGCACCCUUGCAGACCUUGGUGAGCGGUGGGGCCAUCCUGGCAACCGUACCACUGGUGGUGGAUGCUGACAAGCUGCCCAUCAGCCGGUUGGUGGCAGGCAACAAGGGCCCAGGUUCUACACAAAGCCGUGGAGAGAAACGUACAGCCCACAAUGCCAUUGAGAAGCGCUACCGCUCCUCCAUCAAUGACAAGAUCGUGGAGCUCAAAGAUCUGGUGGUGGGCACGGAGGCCAAGCUCAAUAAAUCUGCCGUCUUGCGCAAGGCCAUCGACUACAUCCGCUUCCUGCAGCAGAGCAACCAGAGGCUUAAGCAGGAGAAUCUGAGCCUGCGCUCAGCUACCCACAGGAGCAAAUCCCUGAAGGACCUGGUGGCUGGCGGGACAGGCACCGAUGUGGCCAUGGAAGGCGUACAGCCUGAGGUGCUGGGCACACUGAGCCCACCACCCUCGGAUGCUGGCUCUCCAUCCCAGAGCAGCCCUGUGUCCCUUGGCAGCAGGAGCACUGGUGGCAGUGACUCAGAGCCCGACAGCCCAGUUUCUGAAGAUGCCCAGGUGCUUGUGGAGCAGCUGUCGGCCCCCUGCAGCCGUGGCCUGCUGGACCGUUCCCGUCUGGCCCUGUGUGCCCUUCUCUUCCUCUGCAUCUCCUGCAACCCGCUGGCCUCCCUGCUGGGCAGCCACUCGCUGUCCACCUUGUCUGACUCCACCAGCCUGUACCAUGGGCCCGGGCGCAGUGUGCUAGGCACCCAAGGCAGAGAUAGCACCACCUGGGCCUCCUGGCUGUUGCCCCCACUGGUCUGGCUGUUUAAUGUGCUGCUGGUGCUUCUGUCCCUGGCGCUUCUCUUCAUCUAUGGGGAACCAGUCACUCGGCCACACUCGGGCCCCGCUGUGCGCUUCUGGCGACAUCGCAAGCAGGCUGACCUGGACCUGGCCCGGGGGGACUUUGCUCCAGCUACCCAGCAGCUGUGGCUGGCUCUGGGAGCCCUGGGCCGGCCUCUGCCUGCCUCUCACCUGGACCUGGCCAGCAGUCUGCUCUGGAACCUUGCCCGCCACCUGCUACAGCGCCUCUGGGUGGGCCGCUGGCUGGCUGGCCAAGCAGGGGUCCUGCAGAGGGACAGUGCCCGGUUGGCAGAUGCACGGGCUAGUGCCCGGGAUGCAGCCCUGGCCUUCCACAAACUGCACCAGCUGCACACCGUGGGCAAGUACUCAGGUGGACAUCUCGUAGCCACCAACUUGGCGCUGAGUGCCCUGAACCUGGCAGAGUGUGCAGGAGAUGCAGUGCCUGUGGCUACACUGGCUGAGAUCUAUGUGGCUGCCGCACUGAGGGUCAAGGCCAGCCUCCCUAGGGCCUUACAUUUCCUGACGCGCUCCUUCCUGAGCAGUGCCCGCCAGGCCUGCCUGGCCCAGAGUGGCGCGAUGCCUCCUGCCCUGCAGUGGCUCUGCCACCCUGUGGGCCACCGAUUCUUUAUAGAUGGGAACUGGGCAGUGAGCAGCUCCCCAAGGGAGAGUCUGUACAGCCUGCCUGGGAACACAGUGGACCCACUGGCCCAGGUCACCCAGCUGUUCCGGGAACACCUGCUAGAGCAAGCUCUGAACUGUGUGGCCCAGCCUGACCCCAACUCUGGGUCAGCUGAUGGGUACAGGGAGUUCUCUGAUGCCCUUGGCUACCUGCAGCUGCUCAACAGCUGCUCUGACAUUGCAGAGGCACCCACCUGCUUCUCCAUUGGCUACAGCAUGGCCACAGCUACUGGCAGGGACCCGGUGGCCAGAUGGUGGUCCUCACUGACGGCUGUGGUGACACACUGGCUGCAGCGGGACGGAGAGGCAGCUGAGCGGCUAUACCCACUGGUGGAGCACCUUCCCCAGACCCUGCAAGAGUCAGAGAGACCCCUGCCCAGGGCGGCACUGCACUGCUUCAAGGCUGGCCGGGCCCUACUGGGCCGUGGGAGGGUUGAGUCAGACCCGGCCAGCCUAGCCAUUUGUGAGAAGGCCAGCGGGUACCUGCAGGACAGCCUAGCUGCCCCCAUGGGCAGCUCUAUUGACAAGGCCAUGCAGCUGCUCCUGUGCGACCUGCUUCUGGUGGCACGCACUAGCUUGUGGCGGCGGCAGCAGCCUCCUGCAGCAGCCCAGGCCCUGCAGGACACGAGCAGUGGUCCCCAGGCCUCUGCCCUAGAGCUGCGUGGCUUCCAGCGGGACCUGAGUAGCUUGCGGCGCCUGGCUCAGAUCUUCCGGCCAGCUAUGCGGAGGGUGUUCCUGCACGAGGCCACUGCCCGGCUGAUGGCGGGGGCCAGCCCUGCGCGCACACACCAGCUGCUGGACCGAAGUCUGAGGAGGAGGGCAGGGCCCUGUGGCAAAGGGCCUGUGGCAGAGCUGGAGCCCCGGCCUACACGAAGGGAGCAUGCUGAGGCACUGCUGCUGGCCUCCUGCUACCUGCCACCCUGCUUCCUGUCUGCCCCAGGCCAGCGUGUGGGCAUGCUGGCCGAGGCUGCCCGCACCCUGGAGAAGCUGGGUGACUACCGGCUGCUGCUUGACUGUCAGCAGAUGCUGCUGCGCCUGGGAGGUGGCACCACUGUCACCUCCAGCUAGGUCAACCUCCCACCCCCACCUAGGCUAGCUACCAGCUGCACUGCCCAGCCUGCCUCCCAAACCCCCGUGGUGGCUUGGGUGGUACUGCCCUCUGGUGGUUGGUGAGGGCUCCGUAGGCACCCAGGGGGACAGAGGGGUCCACCCCAUCUCCACAAGUCUCGCAUCCCACCUCCCCCGCCUUUAGGUGGGGGAGGGGGGGCAUUUGUACAUAGCAUAGUAGGUGGGGUGCUGCAGCCUCUAGGGCUCCCGUGCACCUUUGCCUUUUGCAGACUUUAUUUUCAUAGGUUGAGAAAUUUUGUACAGCAAAUAAAAGAUGAAAUUAUUUAUAA